AUGGUUUCUUGGCACAUUCGUGGUGAAAUGGAUGAAAUCGACGUUGAUCAAAGUUAUGCUGGACAUCCGACAAUGUUUUCAAUAAGAAUGCACCAUGGAGGUGAGUUUACAAGCUUUCCUGGAAGGAAGUAUAUUCGUGGGAAGAAAACAUUUGUUGAUUUACUGGACAUUGAUACCUUUUCCGUUCAUGACAUUGAUGAGAUGAUGGAAGACCUAGGGUAUGCUUCAAUAGGUAAACCACUUUACUAUCACUUUCAAAGGCCUUUAGGCGAUUUAGAUUUUGGGUUAUUCGCUUUAGCUAGUGAUGAAGAUGUUCGUUAUUUGGGGAGUUUUGUGGCUAAGCAUAAGUUAAUUGAGGUAUAUAUAGAGCAUGACAAAACUACUCUGCACACCUAUUUAAUGUCCCCAACCCACAGUAAAGUUCGUAUAACGGAGAUUACUGAACCUCCAUCUUGUUCAAAGACACUGUUCCUGGAGUGGCAUAGCACACCUGCUGUUGACUUGGAGGAUGACAUGGAUCACAUGGAGAAAGAAUCGGGUAAUGAUCCUACACCCACUGGUCAUCUGGAGAAGGAUUUGGGUAAUGAUGCUACUGUCACUGAUCAUAUGGAGAAUGAUUUGGGUAAUGAUGCUACUCUCACUGAUCAUAUGGAGAAUGACUUGGUUAAUGAUGCUAAUGACUUUGGUAAGUUUGGUGAGUUAGAGAGUGACAAUGAUGAAAGUGAUGAUAGUGAUUUUUUUGUGGACAUUGAAAAUAUAUUGGAUGAUAUUAAUGUGGAUAUGCAAGAUUUUGAAAUGAAUAUCGACAAAGAUGUGGAAUGGGUUGGAGGGUCGUCUAACACUGUGGUUGAUGAAGGCACACAGGAUGAAGCUUUAGAGGUGAUUAACACUGACUUUUUAGCAUCUGAUUCAUCAUCAGAUGAGGGGAUUAAUGGUCAAAGAAAGAAAUCAAUAAGAGCAAUUCAAAGGGCACAUGAGAAUGAUGAAGCACUUGUUAGUGAACCCUUCUAUAUUUUUCAAAAAUUUGGUUCAGCAAAGGAGUUUAAGGAUAAGGUAAAACUCCAUGCCAUAGAGACUAGAAGGGAGCUGGCUCUUGAAAAAAAUGACAAGAAUAGAGUGAGAUGGGUUUGUAAGGGAACAAUACCAAAGCUUGGGCCUAAUGUAGAAGUCAACGAUGAAGAAGAAAUAUGUCCUUGGGUCUUAUUAGCUAGUAAAUGGAAAAAAGAUGUCAACUGGACAGUUAAAACGUACAACAAAGUCCAUAAAUGUCUUCAAACUAGAACAGUAAAAGCAUGGCUUUGCAAGAACAGCUACAACGGAGGUUUAAGAGAUUACAUUGUUGAGUUGCAAACUCGUAACCCAGAUACGACUGUUAGGGUUGAUGUUGAAAGCGAAGGAAAUCCACACAGUGAAACGAGGACAUUCAGACGCAUUUACAUAUGCUUGGGAGCUUUAAAGAAAGGCUUCGCAGCUGGAAAGAGGGAUUUUCUUGGCUUUGAUGGUGCUUUCAUGAAGGGUCCAUUUCCAGGACAAAUUCUUUCAGCCGUGGGACUAGAUGGUAAUAAUGGCACAUAUCCAUUGGCAUAUGCGGUGGUUGAAACAGAGAACAUCAGUUCAUGGACUUGGUUUUUGAGUUGUCUUGGGGAGGAUCUUGGCUUGAAUACCAAUUCUAAUUUCACUUUUAUAACAGACAGACAAAAGGGUAUUCUAAAUGCAAUUGCGGACUUGUUUCCUUGUGCUGAAAAUCGUUACUGUGUUCGUCACAUUCGGGAUAACAUGAGGAAGCAAUGGAGGGGUAAACCUUUCGAAGACCUCUUAUGGACAUGUGCAACUGCAACACAUGUACAACAGUUUAACAAAGGCAUGGAAGAGCUAAAGAAAUUAAACAAGGAUUGUUAUGAGUGGCUUAAGAAGAUACCACCUCAGCACUGGUCUAGGUCCCAUUUCACUGGGAGAGCACAUUCUGAUGUGAUUCUUAAUAACUUGUGUGAAACAUUCAAUGGAAAACUGAAUGAGGGUCGUGAUAAACCAAUUAUUACUUGCCUAGAGUUCAUUAGGGAAUAUCUAAUGAAGAAGAUUGUGAAUGUAGAAAAGGCCAUUGGGAAAUGUACUGGUCCUUUGACACCUACAGCUAUGCAGACUUUGGAAAAUAUAAAAAAACAGGCAGAAGAUUAUAGAUCUGUAUUUUGUGGAAAUGGUAAGUAUCAGGUAAGUGGCCCUUGGAUGGACCAAUGCGCGGUGGAUGUGGUUCAACAAACAUGCUCCUGCAGGAAAUGGGAACUCACUGGGAUGCCAUGCAAACAUGCUGUUGCUACUAUAUGGGAGAUGAGGAAGAAUAGUAAGGAUGUUGGAAUACCAGAAACUUGGGUGCAUGAGGUAUAUUGGCUAAAAACUUGGAAACAGAUGUACUCAUUCAAAAUUGAGCCCAUUAAUGGGAGAAGCAUGUGGGAAAAGUCUGUGUGUCCAACAACUUUGGUUCCUCCUAAACAUCAUGUCACAAUUGGUAGACCAAAGAAGAAACGCAGAAAAUCAGCUUAUGAAAUUGAUGACAUGGUGAAGGGUAAUAGUGCAUCAAGAAUCCUUCAGUCGGUUACUUGUUCAAAGUGCAACAACAUUGGUCAUAAUGCAAGGAGUUGUAAGGGACAAAAAGCUAAUGCUCCUAGUGGUUCUGGUGGUCCUGGUGGUUCUGGUAAGGGAAAAGGAAAAGCUGGUUGA